AUCCACUUCAAGACCGUUGUAGCCGCCGAACUCUUAAUAUUAUAUCGUCGCCGCCACUCCUGCAACUUUCAUAAUAACAACCCUACUACAACAUGCCUGCUAUUGCUCACCUUGCGCCUCGCUUCCUAGAGGGCUCGUCCUCUGGGGGUAUUUCCGGAACCGCCAUUGGUGUACUCGUCGUCGUUGGAGUCAUCCCAGUCUUUGCACUUAUCUGGGUCUGUGUAUGGCUCUUGUUCUUCUACAGCAAUGGCCGUAAUUGCUGCUGCAUGCGCCGCAAGAGAGCUGCCUCGGGACCCGACAUGCUCGAGAGCUCAAUGUCCAGCGAAGCUACCUUGAAUGAGAAGGCCGACUACAACUUUCCUCAGAGACCGGCACCUGCCUGGAGAGGCGACAGCGGAUCAUCUACCGAGCGACCAGGCGACAGCAGCCGAUUUUUGAAGAAGCACCACCCUAGGGAGAGCCUGCAGAGUCAAUGGAGCAGCAACAGCACCGUUCCUGUCGUGCAGGAGCCGAAGCCGAUGGUGUGAAGCAAUUUGACGGCAUCGCGGCACUAAUCAUUCGCAAAGCCUGAUCUCAUUUUUACACUUGCUUCGACGACACUGCACUUUCUGGGAUACAAUAGCCUUUUGCUACGAAUUGACACCGUCUCAAUGGCGUGUACACCGGCGACCGCGAGCGGAGCGGAGCACUUGAACUCCACCUGACUUGUG